GGAACGACAGAGACAAGCAAAUUAAAGCAGAACUUAGAAGAACAGUUGGAUAGACUAAUGCAGCAAUUACAAGAUCUGGAGGAAUGCAGAGAGGAACUUGAUACAGAGGAAUAUGAAGAAACCAAAAAGGAAACGCUGGAGCAGCUAAGUGAAUUUAAUGAUUCACUGAAGAAAAUUAUGUCUGGAGAUAUGACUUUGGUAGAUGAACUAAGUGGAAUGCAACUGGCUAUUCAGGCAGCUAUCAGUCAGGCCUUUAAAACUCCAGAGGUCAUCAGGUUGUUUGCAAAGAAACAACCAGGACAGCUUCGGACAAGGUUAGCAGAGAUGGAUAGAGAUCUGAUGGUGGGAAAGCUGGAAAGAGACCUGUACACUCAACAGAAGGUAGAGAUAUUGACAGCUCUCAGGAAACUUGGAGAGAAGCUGACUGCAGAUGAUGAGGCCUUCUUGUCAGCAAAUGCAGGUGCUGUUCUCAGCCAGUUUGAGAAAGUUUCUACAGACCUUGGCUCUGGAGACAAAGUCCUUGCUUUGGCAAGUUUUGAAGUUGGAAAAACAAAAAAAUGACGUGUGGAAUCUUGGGACAUUGAUCACAUUGUUGUAAAUGGCAUGUUUCUUCUGGGGAUCUUAUGGCAUUGCAAAGAAGCCAAGAGAUUCUCAAAGUGCAUAAGAAAAAGUGACA